UGCACUGCUCAGUGACGCGUGUGAGCUCAGUGCCUUUUUUGUGUCGGUGCGAGUCAAAGCGCUCGUUGUUGUUGUUUUGUUGUUGCUGCUGUUGCUGCGUGUGCACUGCUUUACUGUAUUCAGUUAUUUUGUAUUGUCUGUAUUUUAAAGCGUCCUUGAGUGUGAGAAAGGCGCUAUAUAAAUAAAACAUUAUUAUUGGUGCUGCAGCUGAGACGGUGUGUACAGUAGCCUCGUGCUGUCCUUCUAUGGCUGAGCAAUACUAAGGCUCAGCCAAUGCGAAGAGAGCUGCCAAACUGUGUGUUUGCUGACUAAUCAGUUUGUGUACCAGCGAUCCUGCUGCCAGGGAUGUCAGUUUGUCUAUUUAGAGAAAAAUGUUAUGACUAUCUGUUUUUUUUCCCUCUGCUGAAAGACAUUGUUCGCCCCCAGAACAAGUUGGUCUUCCAGUCUGUGGCUUCUCUUGCUGUGUGAGGGCUUUGUUGAAACUGGUCAUCCGAUUUUUUUUUAGAUAUAGAUAUGAUUGCGAUAUGUGUUUAAAAAUUCCACCUCCACGUCCUUUGUAUUCUUCGAUUUGCUGCAACAGAAAAUGUUUCAUUUUUAUAAUGAAACGCAAAUGCAUUCACCGCGUGCCUUUCGUGUUGAAUGUCAUCGCGUUUUGGCCGAUUUAAUUAAUUUCAUUGUGUGGUUAAUCUGUAGGACAAGAACACUACCAUGCUAAUGCCAUUUAGUCAGAAACCAGAGUCGAAGCAGUCAUUUGGUAAAGCGCCAACAAGCAGACACUUCGGUGGUCAUUGCUUACCAUGCCACUCAACGAUGAACGUCCCGCAUCCACAUCCACAACAGUGAGUGAAGACCAGAGCAGUGACACGGAAUGUUCGGACAGGUGUGACAGUGUGACGUCGUCGAGUGACUUUGAGUGCUCCCGUCAAAGCUUCAACAGUGGGGACUCCAGCAAUCACAGCUCACCUUCCUCUAGCCCUCCCAAAGUCACGACCCUCGACGGAGUCAUGGCUUCUGCCCGGGACCUCGUCAAUUUGAGCCUGGCACAUGAGAUUAUUAUGAAUGACAGCUUUCAUGUUGAGCAGCCCAAUCUACCUCAGAACAGCUUAGAGAAAAAGGUGAAAGAUAUCGUCCACAAGGCAUUCUGGGAUUGCCUAGAGUCUGAACUCAAUAACGACCCUCCGGAGUACAAGCAUGCUAUCAGACUGCUGCAGGAGAUAAGAGAGGUCCUGCUGUCCUUUCUAAACCCUGGAGCAAACCGCUUGAGAACCCAGAUCUUGGAGGUGCUGGACCUGGAUCUCAUCCGGCAGCAGGCUGAGAACAAUGCAGUUGACAUUCAGGGGCUGGCCACUUACAUCAUUUCUGUCAUGGCCAAGUUCUGUGCCCCUGUGAGGGAUGAUGAGGUCAAAAAACUGAAGGAGAACUUGGACAACACUGUAGUAAUGUUUAAGGAGAUAUUCCGAGUACUGGACCUCAUGAAGUUGGACAUGGUGAACUUCACCAUCCAGAUCCUCAGGCCAGAGCUGCAGAAGCAGUCCGUAGAGUACGAGAGGGCCAAGUUCCAAAGUGUUGUGGAACGUACUCCAAAUGCGCUGGACCACACAACCGCCUGGAUUAAGGCAUCUUUGGAGAUGCUGCUUGCUGUGCCCACUGCCAGUCAGUCCUCUGGUUCUGCAAAAGGCACGCCGGCGCUCCCCAGUCCCACACAGGUAUUCGACACAGCCUACAUCCAGCUCCUGAACUGGGACCACUGGAAGAACGUGCUCCCCGAGACACUGAUGACAGAUGAGGUGCGCUUGCGUGAGCUGCAGCAGCGUCUACAGCUGCUUCAAACUGUGGCCUCCAUCUUGCUAAUUGUCUACAGCACCAUCGGCGGACCCAUCUCUGGGCUUCCCGGAUUGGCAGACCGGCUUAAGAAGAUGGCCAGUGUCCUUUUGGAGGGCAUGCAUAGCCCGGAAUUUGACCUACCUGAAGCCCUGGAAAAUGUCAGUGUCCAGAUCUGCUCGGAGCUGAAUAAGACCCUGGUGGGGAGUAGCUACCCAGCCAUCUUGCCUGAGGUGCAGGCGACACUGAAGGGGCAGAUUUGCAGCAUCCUCCAGGAAAACAACCCCAUCCAUAAUCUUGUUGAGGACAGGGUGCGACAGUACUUCAAGAAUUUCCUGACCAAACCAAACUCCCACCUAACGCCUCCUCCUGUUCCGGGUGGGCUUGCCAUGAUUCAGCCAGAAAUCGGUGUAUUGGGAGCCAAUUUCGUCUCCCUAGUGAACUUCAACAAGCAAGUGUACAGUCCCUUCUACAUGGGGAUCUUAAAGGACCUGCUCUUCAGCGGGAUGCCCCAGAAUUCACCCCAGAAGACUGCUGUUGCCCCAGUGGAUUCUCAGUAAUAACCCCUCCUGGGAGCAACCACCCCAUUGCCCCAGACUCCAAACACCUUGUAUGUUUGUCUCUGCAGCCAGCCAGCCAUUUUAGUGCAAGGUGUCAUGUGUGCUGCAUGUUUAGAUGUCAUCAAGAUUAGGGAUUCCCAUAAACUAGUAAUCUCCACACUGUCCACCGGUACUAUUGCGGCAUCCCCUGAAUGUUAUGCCAAUAACUUGUGGUGCUUUAUACAAUGUUAUGCAAAAGAAAAUGUGGUGCUUUAUAUAACAAAACUGUCGACCAGACCUACUAGCAGCUCAUUAAAUCGUGGGCUAUGUUUGCCUGUAAAAAAUACAUAUAUAGGUAAAUACUGUUAUUGGAUCUACUUGAUAGUUAUAUCUGGAAAAUAAAGGAUAAAUAUUGUAAUGUCUAGUUCUUCUGUUAUUUAGGAGAAUAUUGUGUGAAGUUUUGAGCAUUAUAAAGUCAUAAAUAUAAAAUUUUACUGAAGCCAUUUAUAUUUCAUAAAGGAAUAAGGUUUUAUAUAAUUAGUUAUGGAUGCUUUCUACAUUGAUUUGGGUAAAUAGAUUUCACUGUCACCUGUUGGAGGGCAAAUUUUAAUAAAAAGGGGCAAAACUGUCAUUGGGUUGUGACUAAAGUGCCACCAUUUCUUACCAAGAGAUGGACCAUUUUGUAUGUCGGGUCCUGUUUUUAAGUCUCAGUGACUCGUAAACGGCAGUGUUUACCUUGAGUAAUGUUUGUUAUAACUAUAGAUGUAACAGGUAAAAUCACUUGAACUGAUGCUGUUCGCUUAAUUUUGGAAAUAGGCUUACGAUGAUUUUUUUUCAGGUUUGGAAUUUUGCUUGGCAUUUGGUUCGCUUUACAAAUGCAGAUGCAGCCAUCCAUGUUGAAGGAACAACUGUGCGGGGAAUAGGUCGUUUUAUUUUAUUGGAUGUCAGUUUGAACACCUUAAGUAGAGAUGGACAAGAUGAAGCUUCUCAAACCAUUUGCUGUUUUUUUUACCCCACUAGAUGGUGCUCUUGGUUUGUUUCUGGGCAAGUGUUGUGUCUGUUUUCUUGCACAGAGAGCGCCAUCUAGAGGGGAUACAAAUACAGCAAAUGGUUCAUGAAGCGUAGGUUUGUCCAUCCCUAUCGUUACGUAUAAUUUCUGUAUUUUAGCUGUUUGAAGAACUUAUUUUACCAACUAGUCAUAGAAGUAACUUUUGUCAAUGUUGGCGUAACCAUUUCAAAAUAAAUAUAAAUAUUAUCUAAGGUUUGUUGUAUUUUUUUCCCCUUCUGCUGCAAUGGGUAAAAUAGUUUUUAAAUGUAUGCUUUACUACUCUGUAUUACAGGCGACUGUGUAAUGCAUUUUAAUGUGGCUGUAUUCAUGUGUUUUGUUAUGCGACGCUGUCCUUUUGACCAGAGGAGAAAUAAUAGCUGAACCCCGACAUCCAUGAUCACUAAAUAAACAUUACUCUUUUGUAAAAAGUCACAUUUACUACAGACAGAAUGGUUUGUGUGUUAUAAGAAUUCAUGUAACGCAGUUAUAUUAUGGUGAAAUAAAUGCAUCCCUUUUUAAACCAAGA